UUGAGCUACAGAAUUUCAAAAGUACGAUGGCACCGAAUUGGGCAUUUCUUUUUGUGAUCUUCACUUUACUAGGAAUCGGUCUUUCCCUAAGGCCACUUUGUCCGAAUAAUACAAAAUAUCAAUGUGUUCCAACGCCCUAUUGUCCACGAGACUUGAGGUCAAUUACUGCUUAUAGGUGCUCAAGUAGAAAUGAAGCUUGCUGCGAUGAGCAAAAGGUGUUAUUUGGAGUACGGUACACUGGAAAAAAAUACAUUUCUGGUCCAUAUAGUCAGGCCUAAAAGAGCUAGAAAGGAAUUCGUCUCCGUCAAAGUUUAGUUUCAGCUAAAACGAAACAUUAAUAAUAAAAUGUUUUUCAAUGUCUACUA